GGAAAGACGAAGCCGAAGAGACCACGGGCACGAUGGGGUCAGUACACGCACUUCAAUUUGGGGAACGAACACUUCCAGAGCAAAGGCAAGGUGUCGAAGCGGGAUGGCAGACUUAAUAUUUCGGUCAACGAGACGAAAGAUACGGGAUGCAUCGCCAAAGCUUUGGGACACACGGUCAAGCACCACCUGGAUAUUCCAGGACGCAGCAAAGCCAAAAUACGACGGCAUAACGCCGAUCAUCCUGUUGCAGACGUCGACGCAGACGCUGCGUCCGUUGCUUCUUCCUUGCACACGACCGCGACUCGCCCUCGGCUGAAUAUUGUCAUCAUGAUCAUUGGCAGUCGUGGAGACAUUCAGCCGUUCCUCGAGAUCGGCCAGAUCCUGAGCAGAGACUAUGGACACCGCGUACGCUUCGCUACACAUCCGAAUUUCCGAGAAUUUGUGCAGAAAGAAACGGAUCUGGAGUUCUUCUCGAUCGGAGGCGAUCCUAGCGAACUGAUGGCGUUCAUGGUCAAGAAUCCAGGUCUCAUACCGAACUUGCAGACAAUUCGUGAAGGCGAAAUCCAACGAAGAAGGACGGCGAUGGGAGAAAUGUUUGAGGGUAUGUGGCGGAGUUGUACGAAUGUCACGGAUGACGAGAGAGACGCGAUGAAUCUCAAGAUGAUGGGUGAUAAGCAUCCGUUCAUUGCGGAUGCAAUUAUUGCCAAUCCGCCUUCGAUGGCACACGUCCACAUCGCCGAACGCCUUGGUAUCCCCCUUCACAUCAUGUUCACCUUCCCCUACUCCCCGACCAUGGCCUUCCCGCAUCCACUCGCCAACAUCAAAAAGGGCAAAUCCAAUGUCGACGCCAACUACGUCAACUUCAUGUCCUAUCCUCUGGUCGAAAUGAUGACCUGGCAAGGCCUCGGCGACAUUGUCAAUCGCUUCCGCGUCCGCACAUUAGGUCUUGAGCCCGUCUCCUCCCUCUGGGCGCCCGGUGCGCUGUACCGCAUGCAAGUGCCGUACACGUACAUGUGGUCGCCGUCGCUGUGUCCCAAACCGGCGGACUGGGGUCCGGAAAUUGAUAUCGCCGGGUUCGUAUUUAUGGAUCUAGCGAAGGAUUUUAAACCGCCGGACGAUCUUGCGAAGUUCUUGGAGGCUGGCGAGGAGCCGGUGUAUAUUGGUUUCGGCUCGAUCGUCGUGGACGACCCGAAUGCAUUUACGGAGAUGAUCUUCAAGGCGACGAAAAUGGCGGGUGUGCGGGCGUUGGUGAAUAAAGGCUGGGGAGGCCUGGGUCAGUCGAACGAGGACACGCCGGAGAACAUUUUCAUGUUGGAUAAUACGCCGCACGACUGGUUGUUCCCGCGCGUGAAAGCGGUCGUGCAUCACGGCGGAGCAGGCACCACGGCGAUUGGCCUGAAGUGUGCGAAACCGACAAUGAUCGUGCCGUUCUUUGGCGAUCAGCCAUUUUGGGGCGCGAGAGUCGCGGAAGCGAAAGCUGGUGCGCACGAGUGUAUACCAUGGAAGAACCUGACGGCGGAGAAGUUGGCGGAGGGCAUCAAGCAGUGUCUGACCGAGGAAGCGCAGCAGAACGUGCAGAAAUUGGCGGAUGGGAUGAAAGAGGAAGGCAGCGGAGCGCACAACGCCGUCAAGUCCUUCCAUCGCAGUCUGCCGUUGGCGGGAUGGCAUAAUAUGCGGUGUUCCAUCCUCGACGACCGAGUCGCGGUGUGGGAACUCAAAGGCUCCUCGAUGAGGCUUUCGGCUCUAGCGGCGGAGAUCUUGAUCGAAAAGGGCAGGGUCGAGUCGAAGGACUUGAGGUUGUUGAGGCAUAUGGCUUGGAAUGAUUUUGAUGGGCCAGGGGAGCCGCUUAGUGGCGUGGGAGGUGCGGUUAUGAAUUCGUUGACGGGGAUUGGGAGUGGAGUUGGGAUGGUCCCUGUGAGGGAGGGGAAGAGGGCUGAUAAGGCGGAGGAGCGGGAGGAGAAGAAGGGCGAGGAGAAGAAGGAUAUCGAGGAUAAGAAACAGGAUGAGAGUAAACAGGACGAUAAGAAACAGGACGACAAGGAACAGGACGACAAGGAACAGGACCAACGGCCGGGCAACGAUCGCACGCAAACCGAGCAAACCACGGGCUCCGCCCUCUCCGCCGACCCAGCCGAGCCUCUCGCACAGGAAGUCGCCGGAGACUUCCGCACUGGAAUCAUAAGUUCUGGAGCCGCCCUCCUCACCAUGCCCUUAAACAUCCACGUCGCUGUAGCUCAAGGUUUCCACAACGCUCCUCGACUCUGGGGCGACUCGACCGUUCGCAAACCUGUGCGAAUCACAGGCUUCAAAUCCGGCGUGGUUGCGGCGCGUAAAGAGCUCACCUACGGCAUUUACGAUGCAUGGACUGGUGUGGUCAUGCAACCUGUUCACGGCUGGAAAGAUGGCGACACGGCAACAGCGAAAUUCUCCGGAGCUGGAACGGGAGUCGGCAAGGGCCUCGGUGGUUUCGUGUUGAAGAAUAUCGCAGCCGUCAUCGCUCCACCGGCGUACAUUGGCAAAGGCGUGGUCGUCUAUCUCCAAAAGCGCAACGAAAAUGACGGCCCAGGAAGCAAAUCUUGGAUCCGCCGCGCUCAUCUCACGCAGGGUUCUCGGGAUGUUUACCGACUCCGGAAUCAA